UUUGGGUGUUUUUGUAUUCUUUCUCUAUUCUUUUGUGUGUUGGUGGAUGGAUAGUAGGGAAGGGAGGGAGAGGCGAGCGCGUCGUUCGUUGACCCCUCUCUGUCGAGAGGGUCGCGCGCGUCCCUCGGUGGUGCGCGGGUGCGCGCUCUGCUGGUUGCGCAAGGGGACGCGCGAGGACGUUCCUCCCCUCUUCCCUCUCCCUCCCCCUCUCCACCACCCCUUUACCCUCUCCCCCUUCUCCCUCCCACCUCCCUUCCUCACCAUCCCUCUUCCCCCUCCAUUCUUGCCCCCUUCCCCUUCUUCCUACCCUCUCCUCGCUCCCUUUACAUCGCCCCGCACGAUUCGCUCACCCCCCUACCCUUCCCUCUACUCACUCUCCUCGCUCCCACUACAUCACAUGAUCGUUCGCUUACGCUCACUGAACAUGUCGCUCACGCUCACGCUCCCCCCUAGCUCGAUCCUGAAGGAGCGCCGGUUCAAGCUGAGUCGGUGAGUGGUUUGUUUAUCGUUUGUUUGGGGUGUUUUGGUUUGUUGGGUGUGGAGUGCGUUUUUUGGGUGUGGAGGGAAGAG